AACAUUUUAAAGGUAUAUGAUUUUCAUGACUAGUGUCUUCGUACAUCAGUUUGAAUUUCAUAUUAAUUAUCAAACGCAUUACCCGUGUCUGAAACGAGGUGGUGUAAAGCUGAGUCUAUAGUUAACUGUGACAGUACUGAAGAACCACACGGCGACUUUAUGAAGGUGUACAUCAUUACGUGCAUUGAAAUGCAGUCAUUGCUUUUCUGACGCGUGUGUUGCUUACGUGCAUCAGGACUAAUGUUAAGUUGUGUUUAUAUAUGGAAUUAAACAAAACCUGACUUCAAAAGGCUAUGUUGCAGUGAACAAGCGACCUCUCUGAUUCAGCUUGAGACAGACAAAAAGAUACGAGAGAAACUUACAAGGCACUGCACUCGAAAACAUUUAACAUCAAAGUAACGAGGAUAUUUUAACUACCAUUAAAACAUUCGGCGAAACUAGCAAUUUUAUGCUGAAUUUAAAGACACUGGACAACGAUGGGUAGAAGUGUUUGUGCACUCCUUUUACUUGGAUUGUAUGCUUGGUGCUACGGACAAAGUCCAACACCAGCACCACUGUUUGACUACGAACACGGUAUGUUAGUUACCACAUUUCACGAUUAUGGCGACCCAGACGCAGCUCAGAUUCGCCAUAUACCAAUUUAUCUAGGCUACGAGAAUUUCUCCGGUGGAGUUCCAGGAAUUGGCUUCACAAACCCGAACAUACAUUUCUUAAGUGUGGACUUUGACUACAGAAGUAAAUGUAUCUACAUGUAUGACUACCAUCUUAGAUCGAUAGCAUUGGGAUGCGGCUUCAAUGUAAAACUUAAUGUCAGUCAAAUGGAUUUUGCGUUUAUGCACGUUGGUGUGUCCAGAGGUACGGUCCAAAUUGCAGUUGAUUGGCUGUCGCACACGGUGUACUGGACAGAUUCGGUUUUUCGAUGGAUUGUAGCAGCACCUGGUCAAAAGGACAAGAUAGAUAUGGAUUAUUACAAAAUAAUUGAAGAUAAACAUCUAGACGCACCCGAUGGUCUUGGAAUAGACCCGCUUGAAGGACUGUUGUUUUGGACAGACAACGGGAAACAUCCGAAAAUAGAACGUGCAACCACAAUGGGCGGUGAUCGGCACACGAUAAUUCCUAAUAGGAACCAAAAGUCGCCAUUGGUGUCACCUUUAUCCAUGGAAGUGGAUAUCAAAGAAAAACGAAUAUUUUGGAUUGACUCGUCAACAGAAGCUAUAUUAUCCGCUGACUACGAAGGCCAAGAUAUUAUUGAAAUUCGAAAGGUUCCUGGUUCAACCUUGUUAGAUAUUGGGAUAUUUAGGGAAUGUGUUUAUGUGACUGAUACCAGAAAUGGCGAUGUGAUAACUUUGAAUAAAACAGAUGGUCCACAUCUGGGCAAGCUCGAGUCUACAACUGUAAAUAUUUCCCCGGAAACUAUUUACGGCAUAGCUGUAUACGGACCGGAUAAUCAACCAACUAAAGCUACAGAUGCUUGCGCUGAUAAAAAAUGUGAGCAUUUAUGCCUCACAACAAAGACUGGAGCAGAAUGUGUGUGCUCAGAGGGAUAUCAUCUUAAUUCAACAGGAAAAUGUCAAGCAUCUUAUGAUGAUUAUCACAAGGCAAUUGUUGCUUCAAAUGCAACCCAUAUUUGUUUAGUGGACCUUCGUACUUUUGCACACAUGAAUUACGAUGUUGUGUGUAAAUAUACAGCAAUCAAGCCAAAUAAAAUACCUACUACAGCUCCUACAACCACACCUGCUCCCACACCUGCUGCAUCAACAGGAAUGACGUCGGCUCCAAAUGCUACCACCACGCCAAACACAACUACACCGACUAUCCCACCACCUACAGCUGCCCCGGAUGACUUAAUAAAGAUAAUUGAAAUGGAUAUGGAAAACAGAAUUUUCUUUUUUGCUACUGCCAACAAUGUUAUAUAUAAAAGGCCAAUAGAUAUGCCAAUAGAAAAUGAUGCUAAAGACGCAAUUGCUUAUCCAUCUGGAAACAUAAGUGGUCUAGCCUUUGACCCAAUCAACAAGAACAAUUUAUACUGGUGUGAAUCAAACACUGGACAAAUAUGGGUUAUAAACGUACGGGAUAAUGCCGCACGGAAUAUACUUGAUAACUUGGAGGUUAAAAACGUCAAAAAUCUCAUGGUUAUGCUGGAUGAAAGGCGACUGGCAAUGAUAGCUGGCGAGGAAGGUGAUAUGUCAAUCAUAACUAUGACGUUGGAUGGUACCGAUAGCCAGACUGUUGUCAGUGGAAUAUCAAGUAUUCCAGCUUUUGUUUACGAUAGGGAAAGGAAACUGUUUUAUUACAUCAAUGGCGGAUAUGUGUACAGUGUCAUGUUUGACGGAACGCAGAAGAAAACUUUGUUUAAUGGAGUUGACAAAAAUGCUUUUCAUCUAGUUCUGUAUAAAAAUUACUUAACAUGGAUUUUCAGCACUAGCACUUAUAAGCAUCUUGUAAGAACCCACAACUUGCUAACUAAACAGAGAGUGGCCCUUGGAUAUUUUGACAAUUCAACUUUAGUUGAUUUGAAAGUUCUAGAUGUUAAUUUGCAGACAUCAAAUGUUACCAAUCCAUGUGCGUAUGAAAACGGGAAUUGUGAGCAACUUUGUAUAACUCAUUACACUGCGGGCAAGAUGACGAAACUAUGUGAGUGCAGGAUGGCUUACCGACUUGCUGAUGAUGGUACCAGCUGUAUUUCAACUGUUACGGAUGAUGACUUUCUUCUUGUUUCUGAUUGGACAAACGAAGCACUAUUCCAGAUAGACCUUAAAACAGAUAAAAUCAAUGCAAUUCCAAAGGAACAGAAUGAUGAGUUUAUGGGGGUCUAUUUUGAUUCUGAUACAAAGAAAGUGAUCUGGGCGGAAUACUACAGUUCCGAGAUAAACAGUGCUAAUUUGAAUGGAACGGAUUUCAAGAUACUCGCAGAUCUAGGAUACGAGGGCUAUGCAUAUCGUUUUGCCAAGGAUUACACAACAAAGAAUUUGUAUUUUUCUGCGUACUACGAUACUUUCAUUGGUGUAUUGACACCUUCAGGAGGAUUUUUAAGACUUGAGUACGACUUUGGCUAUGAUGACCUAGGAGAUAUUGUUGUUCAUCCAGGGAAGGGUUGGAUGUAUUUCACCGUAACUGGAUGGACAAAAUCGUAUAUUGGCCGUGCAGACAUGGAUGGUGGAAAUGUCGUUGAAAUUAUCACAGGAGACCACGUAGACUAUCCUGAUGGUCUGGCAAUCGACUAUAUAAAUGACCAUCUGUACUGGUCGGAUGCCACAUACGACACUAUACAGCGUUGUGAUCUUAAUGGUAAAAAAUGUACAACAAUAAUAAACAUGACCUCCACAUACCGUGAUGAGGAAAUCAGAGACCUGGUUACUGACGGGAAGUAUCUGUAUUACUCCGCAUACAAGAAAGAUCAUGUUAUACGUGUAGACCUGAAAACAUUGAACAGAACAGUAGUUGGUAGGAACCCGGGUUUAGGCAAGCUAGACACACUUGCCCUUUACAGCAGCAAAGACAAAAACAUUCAACCAGUCGGAACUGGGUGUAAAGAUCGAAAUGGUCUUGGUGAUUGUAGUACAGUUUGCUACCCUACACCGACAGGACGUACAUGUGCAUGCCAGAAAGGUGUUUCUCUCAAGUCUGAUGGCCGAACAUGUACUGAUAUCUAUCAGUGUACAGAUCUUAUAAAGCAGGAGGUGACAUUAAUCACCAACAUCAAGAAAAAUGUUAGCAUCGAGUUCGAUGACUCGUGUCUACGUCAUUUAGGUGACAAAUGCAAAUACAAAUGUGAAGUUAAUUUCGUCCCAAUAUUCGACGAGCCAUUGAAAUGCACCGGUGCCGGAUGGGACAAAGAGAGUGAUUUCACUCCUCUAUGCAGAGAACGAAGAUGUCCAGCUACUAUACAAAACGGUGUGCUUGACAAUAGUUGUGAACGAGAAAUUGGCGAAAAGUGCAACUUCAAAUGUAAUGAAGGUUUUAAAAAGAGGAGAACAUUCGCCGUGUGUACUACAGAUGAAACGUACCAUUUACCGGACGAAGAAUUGUGUGAACCGUUUCUGUGUAAUGAAACAAUUGCAAAUGGUAAACUUGAAGCAAACUGCGAAAGAACAGUUGGAACUUCUUGCAAGUACUCGUGCAAUAAGUUCUAUACUCCGAGCGACAAAAAAGCACAAGCCAUGUGUACAUCUAAUGGAUGGAAGCCCUCUGAUACCGACAUGUGCAAAGAAUCAGUUUGUGACGACACUUCACUAUCCAACGGACAAGUAAAUGAAAAUUGCAUGAAGAAAAUCGGCGAGGCAUGCACGUAUCGCUGUAACCAAGGUUUUGUAAAUACAACCUAUAUGGCAGUAUGCAAAAAUGACCGUUCAUGGCAUCCGGCGGGAUCAUGCAAAGUUGCAAAAUGUCCAUCUACUAUACCGAAUGGUAAUAUACUGGAUCCUUGCGACUUUGCAAUAGGAUCAGAAUGUAACUUCGUAUGCAGUAGAGGAUUUGCAGCAUCUGACAAGUUAAAGAAUUUAAUGUGUAACAGCGCUGGACAAUGGAGCGCGAAGGGCAGCAUUUGUCUAGAGUCUGUCAUCAGUCCGGAAAAGCAAACACAGAAGGAAUCUUUAUCUAAACCGGGAGUCAUUGUUGGUGUUAUAGUGCUGGUUUUAAUCAUAAUCGCCCUGGUAGCAGCCAUCAUCGUUCUUUUUAGAAGGAAUAUGGGUAAAUCGGCAUCACAUUACUCAAGCGCUUCCUUUCAUAAGGAUGCAAGUGGUAUUCAGAUUGAGAAUCCUGGUUAUCGUCCAAACAACGACAACGAAUCAAAUCGACAGAAAGAUGAGCAUCCUUAUUCAAGUGUGGAUCCUUCGCAAAUGCAGCCAGUUUCAUUUUCUGGGAUGGAAGCAUCAGGUGGUGGGGGUAUUGCAAAUCCAUUGUAUGACAAGGAACCGCUUCCUGAAGUUACUCAUGUGGAUCUGAAUGAGGAUAAAACAGUACUUACAUACGACUCUUGGCUGAAAGAAAGAGAGAAGAACAAAAACAUAGCGUAAAUGUCAAGGAAGCUUCCGGUGAUGUGAUUCCACACAAAAAGCAUAAUAAACUACCAUGUUAACAAACAUAUGAAAAUGUUCUUGUGCUAGUAGAACAGUCAUUGUAUAAUAUACAUCUUUUCUAUGUGCUUACUUGUAGAACUUGGCAGAAAAAAGAGAUGAGAAAAGGUGAAAAUGUUAUGAAAUGUUGUUUCACUAACAAAGCAGUCACGCAUUAUCAGAUAUAACAUAGUUCAUCUGCUUCUUAAACGUUUCCAUAUAGCUAAUAGAGCACAUCUGCAGUAUAUUUGAGCCGUGCCAUGGGAAAACCAACAUAGUGGGUUUGCGACCAGCAUGGAUCCAGACCAGCCUGCGCAUCCGCGCAGUCUGGUCAGGAUCCAUGCUAUUCGCUAACAGUUUCUCUAAUUCCAAUAGGCUUUAAAAGCGAACAGCAUGGAGCCUGACCAGACUGCGCGGAUGCGCAGGCUGGUCUGGAUCCAUGCUGGUCGCAAACCCACUAUGUUGGUUUUCCCAUGGCAUGGCUCAUUUGCAGAUUUGUAAAUACAUUGUUUUUUAUUAGGACGGCUGGAUGGGAGAGACAGCAAUUACUCAAGCUUUAUCUGAAUUGGUCAAUGAUAGGUAUUUCGUCAUAGAUAUACAAAUACUACUUCGCUUUUGAGUAAUAUGUCAGCAUAUGAAACCGACAUCGGGAUAUUUUCCUGUAUGUUUCCAUCAUUUUGUAAGAUUUAUGUUGUAUAAUUUGCGUUAUCAGAAUAUCGCUGUGUCACUAGGCUUUUAUAAACUUGCUGGCAAGUAUGCUUGUUUUACAUGUUUUGAUCAUAUUUAAAAAAAAAUGCUACGACAUCGUUUUAUACAGAAACACUUUCGUAUUUCCUAUUGAAAUUCAACUGAAUAAAAAAGUGUCUUGCUUGAACAUGCAUCGACGGAGGUUAUGCUUUGUAAAACACAAGACAAUUGUUAUCAUCAUUACUUUCUCUUAUAAAUAUAAAUGUUUGUUUUUUCAUUUUAUUAAACAGUCGUAUUAGGUCGAUAUUACCUUUGUGUUUUAAAUAGUAGAAAAAUUUAUUCAGUGUGCAAGAAUGUAUUUUCUUCUUAUAACUACGCAUGUAUUCAAGCUAUUAUACAGUCUAUGCAAGGUAUAUUCCAAAGUAUCUAAUUCCUUUUUUGUGACGUUUCCAACUUUUCUAUUGUUAAACUGUUGUACACUGGUUGGUAGGAGAUUAGAGAAAGCAUGUGAUGUAUGGAUGUCCAACAAGAAGAAAGUAUAUUUCAAAUUGUUGGGCUAAUUCCUUGAUACGAAAAUGGAAUCUAAAUGUCAAUUUAUGAACGGUUGUGUUUGCACUUACAAAAUGUUAUUACAAAGAUUUAUUUUUAUAUUUUUUAUGUUUUUAUUUUUUGUAAACUUGUUUUUCAUAAACUUAUGAAAGUGUAUGAUAUAUUCACAUAAUAAUAUUAUAUCAAAAAUGUUA